AUGCAGAUUGAUACGGGAGCAGCUGUGACACUAAUUCCUGAGAGUGUGAGGCUGAACGCAUUUUCUCAUGUCAAGUGCGAGCCAUCUCGAGUCACCCUAAAAACGUACACUGGGGAACCUGUUCCAGUAAAAGGGCAAUGCAACGUUUCCGUUACGGUGGGAAAACAGUCUUUGCGGCUACCCGCUAUUAUCGUCAAGGAUAACGGCAAGCAGCUACCAUUGCUGAUGGGGCGAAGUUGGCUUGAAGGGCUCGGGCUUGACUGGAAAAGCGUGUUUGCUAUAAAUGUAAGCGACUCUCGCAAGGUAGAGGCGGUUAAAAAGAAGUUCCCAGGGGUGUUUUCUAAGCAACCUGGAAAAGUAAAAAACUAUCAAGCAAGGAUAGUUUUAAGCCAGAAUUGUACGGCUAUUUUUGGCAAGGCCAGAAACGUCCCAUUUGCGCUUCGAGAUAAAGUGGAAGGCGAGCUAGAAAGGCUAGAGAAAAGCGGUGUUAUACGCCCCGUAAAUCGGAGCGAUUGGGCCACGCCAGUAGUCGUAAUCCAAAAGAAAGAUGGUUCACUGAGGCUGUGCGGGGACUACAAAGCGGUGCGAUUUACGCAUUCGGACCACAUCAGAGCCCGCCACGGAAGCCAGGAUUCUUCAAGUUAUCCGCAGGCACAACCUGCUCCAACGGCAUCCGUAGACACGACUCCACCGACGGUUCCGAUGGCGUGUGGGCCAGUCGCCGGGUCGCCUCUCGUAAAUCCACACGCAACCGACUCUGCGACGUCUCUCCUUCCGGCAACUGCAUCGCCCACGGCCGGAGCAGCUGCCUCCGGCUCGCCGGACCAGCCCAGUGCCGACGACGCGCCACCUGCAGCCGAACUUCCAACUCGGCGUCGUAGUGCACGUGUACGACAUGCCCCGAACAGAUACCAGUCCAGUGACUUUCGGAAGUAA